CUCCACUGCAAACAACCCACACAGCACCACCAUGCUCUUCGGCGCCCUCUCGACCGUGCUGAACGCGGCCGAGGCCUCGGCUUCGCGCCUCCCGCGCCUCUUUGCGUCGUCCGCCUCGGCGUCGUCGUCGUCCCGCCAGAUGUCGACAUUACACCUGGGCAACUUGUCUCCUGCCAAGGGCUCGAGGACGGAUAACACGCGUAAGGGUCGUGGUCCCGGAUCAGGCCACGGCAAGCAGUCCGGCCGCGGUCACAAGGGUCAGCUCGCGCGCAGCGGUAACGGCAAGCCCGUGCCCGGCUUCGCAGGUGGCCAGACGCCGAUCCACAAGGUGUUCCCCAAGCGCGGCUUUGUCAACUUCACGCGCAAGACGUACGCUCCCCUCGCGCUCAGCAAGCUGCAGGCGUGGAUCGCGCAGUCGCGCAUCGACCCCGCGCUGCCAAUCACGAUCGGCACCGUCGUGCGCGCCAACGCCGUGCACGGCAUCAGCGGCGACGGCGGCGUCAAGCUCCUCGGCCCGGCCGACCCCGAGCUCCCCCUCCCCCCGCUUGAGAUUGAGCUCUCGCGCUUCUCCAAGCAGGCGUCCGCGGCCGUGCUCGCCGCCGGAGGAAAGGUGACCGCCGUCUACCACAACAACUUGAGCCUGCGCCAGGAGGUGUUCCCGCACAAGUUUGUUGAGAGGCCCGUCAAGAACGCCAAGCCGAUCCGCAGGACUGACAUUGAGUUCUACACCAACCCGGCAAACCACGGAUACCUCGCCCCCAAGGAGGGCGAGGGUGUCGAGUCCAAGGCGUAGAGGGAAGCAGUUCAUCAUCACAUAGGAUACCAGCAUAUGCACCAUUAGUUUGGGU